AUGAAAUUAUCAUUUUGUAAAAAUUUUGAACCAUGUCAAGUUAAAUAUAUUUUGGAAGAUUUGGAAGACAUUGAACCUGAUUUAGUACCACAUGUUAAUCCUUUGCCAAUAUUAAUGGUGAAUAGUCAAAGAUAUUGUCUUCCAGUAGCACAUAAAUCAUCAACAAGACGGGACUUUUUAUUUAAUGAUAUAUUAUGGAUUUUACAACAAAAUUCACUAGGAUGGACCAGAGGUAUGCACGAAACAUUUGGAGACAAAUUUAUUAAUUGUUUAAUUAUUGAUUUACUAUGGUAUCUUGACCCACAUCAUGCAAAAUUAAAAGAUCGUGGAUGUAAUUUGCCAAACAUAAUUUUAAAUUUACCAGAAUAUAAAAUUAAUUCCAAUUAUAACAGAUUUUAUUUUACUGGAAAGCAUAAAAAAGAACAAUUAUCUGUGGUAAAGUUAGAUGGAUAUGUUAAAGAAGUUGAAUCAUGUGUAUCUCAACCAUGGGCUAGUGCAGAAAGAUGGAAACAAUUUGUCUUUUCAGUACUUGAUUUAUGUCAUAAUGCAAGAAAGUAUAUAAAGUAUUUAGAAGAAGUAAAUCAGAGUGUUAAAGAAAAUCAUUUGAGUGUAGAUUUUAUACGCAACAAAAUUGAUAAUAUUUUGAUAGAAAUACGUGAAAAGAAAGAAAGCUUUGAUAAGAAAUAUGAUGAUAUUUCUUCAAUACUUCACAAUUCUGAUUAUUAUGAAUUAAUAUCACUUGAUACUUAUCUUUCUGAUGAUAAGCGAGCACGUUACGAUUUUAUUUUAAAUUUGGAAGUUGAUUCUGCAUUUACUUUAUAUCGGUAUUAUCAUGGGAACUAUUUAGGAACUUUAAAUUUUAUUUGGAAAUUACCAUAUUUUGAUGAUAGAAGUAAAACUAAAGAGUCUCAAUUAAUUUUAUUAGCAAAUGAAAUGGUACCAAUAUUCUUUACAAGACAAAUGAAGAAAAAUGUAAUUGAAAAGUACAGCUUAAUUGCAAAGUUAACGCCAUUAAUUUGGAAUAAAUUAUUACAAGAUUUGUCUGGAGAUUCGUCAUCAUCAUCAAAUGAAUUAACAAAAGAAAUGCAAGAUCGGAUCCAAACUGUAUUGGAUUUACAAGAUCCAGAAAUUAUCUUAGAUUUAAGAGUAAAUUAUAAAUAA